AUGGCUUCUUCUACAAUCCAGACCGUGGACCCUGUCAUUCAAUUGAAGGGAGACACUAAGGCAAAGGAUAUCACUUAUGGCUUCUUGAGAGACAAGGUCCCAGCUCAUUGCUUUGAGCGUUCGGCUCUUAAGUCAUUUGCCUAUCUAUUCCGUGAUUUUGUCUAUGCUGGUAUCUUGGUAUGGCUUGCUCUCAAGAUUGAUCUCCUGCCUACACCCGCCCUCCGGGCUACUGCUUGGGUUCUCUAUACAUUCUUCCAAGGAUGUGUUGGUACCGGCAUGUGGAUCAUUGGUCACGAGUGUGGUCACGGAGCUUUCUCGCAAUACUCUAAGCUCAACGAUGUUGUCGGAUGGGCCAUUCAUUCGCUCUUGAUGGUUCCCUUCUUCUCAUGGAAGAUUACCCAUGCCAGACAUCACCGUUACCACGGCCACAUGGACAAGGAUGUGGUUUUCGUCCCAUUUACUGAAUCUGAACUUGCGAAGAAAGAGCCUACUUUGCUCAGCAAGUUCCAGGAGCUGGUUGAGGAAACCCCUCUCUACCACGCCGUCACCCUGCUCGGACACCAAGUUCUCGGAUGGCAAUUGUACAUGUUCUUCAAUGUCAGCGCUGGACCCAAGAGUCUUCCCGAGAAGGGAACCCCCGCCAAGAUGUUCCGUAACAGCCAUUUCGACCCUCUGGGCUCCCUGUUCACUGGUGCGCAAGCGCAUCUGAUCGCCAUUACCGACCUGGGUCUCUUGAUGGUUGCAGGUGCUCUUUACUACUUCGGUACUCAGAUUGGUUUCUGGAAGGUUGCUCUGCUCUACGUCGUGCCCUACUUCUGGGUUCACCACUGGUUGGUGGCUAUUACCUACCUGCACCACACUCACCCCACCGUCCCUCACUACGACGACAAGGCCUGGACCUUCGUCAAGGGAGCUCUUUGCACUGUCGACAGACGCUUUGGCUUCAUUGGACGCCACUUCUUCCACGAGAUUAUCGACUACCAUGUCAUCCACCACCUCUUCCCCAGAAUUCCCUUCUACCACGCUGAGGAGGCCACCAACGCCAUUGUUCCUUACCUCGGCGACCAAUACCGUCUUGAGGAGGAGAUGUUCCUGAAGUCAUUGGUGGAUACCUUCAACACCUGCAAGGUUGUGCAUGACCCUGAUUCCGAGGGUGCUCUGCACUGGAAGCUUUCGCAGAAGGCGGAGAAGAAGAGCAACUAG